AUGGGAGACGCAAUUGAUUUGUCUGGGGACGGAGGAGUCAUCAAAACCAUAGUGAGGAAGAGCAAGUCAGAUGCUGUAGCUCCAACUGAGGAUUUUCCUGUUGUUGAUGUUCACUAUGAAGGCACGCUCGCUGAUACCGGUGAAGUCUUUGACACUACACAUGAAGACAACACUAUAUUCUCCUUUGAACUUGGAAAGGGUAGUGUUAUCAAGGCUUGGGACAUUGCAGUCAAAACCAUGAAGGUCGGAGAAGUUGCAAAAAUAACAUGCAAGCCGGAUUAUGCAUAUGGUAGCGCAGGAUCUCCUCCGGAUAUCCCUCCAGAUGCAACACUUGUUUUUGAAGUUGAGCUAGUUGCGUGUAGGCCACGGAAGGGCUCAACUACUGGAAGUGUUUCAGAAGAGAGGGCAAGGCUAGAGGAGCUGAAAAAGCAGAGAGAGAUUGCUGCUGCUGCGAAAGAGGAGGAUAAGAAAAAGAGAGAAGAACAAAAAGCGGCAGCUGCAGCUCGUGUGCAAGCCAAGCUUGAUGCCAAGAAAGGUCCAGGAAAGGGUAAAGGGAAAGGAAAGUAG